CCCCUCCUGGGAAGAUGCAGUGGCUUAUGAUGCUGCUUAGCGCAUUGGGCGCAUGCCUGAGCCUGCUGACGGUGGCUGCGGCCAUGACAGGUGCUGACCCUGCACAACUGGACACCCCCAGCCUGCUGCUCAGUCACCGGCGCCAGAAAAGAGCCUGGAUUUGGAACCAGAUGCACAUCCAAGAAGAGCAAAACGCCUCCCUGCCCCAUUAUGUGGGCAAGAUCAAGUCAAGCGUGAACAGCAAGAAGGCCAAAUACGUGCUCCAAGGGGAUUCCGUGGGCAAGGUCUUCCAGGUCGACUCAGAAUCAGGGACUGUGUCUGCCUUUGAGAGGCUGGACCGGGAGAAGGUCUCUGAGUACCACCUCGUGGCCCUCAUCGUGGACAAGGACACCAACAAGGACCUGGAGUCUCCUUCCAGCUUCACCAUCAAGGUCGACGAUGUGAAUGACAACUGGCCUGUGUUCUCACGCCGGCUGUUCAAUGCCUCCGUGCCCGAGAUGUCAGCUGUGGGGACCUCGGUCACCCGUGUGACAGCAGUGGAUGCGGAUGACCCCACCGUGGCAGACCACGCCUCUGUCCUGUACCAAGUGCUGAAGGGGGAUGAGUACUUCGGCAUCGACAAUUCUGGACUCAUUUAUACAACAACCAAAAACUUGGAUCGAGAGACACAGGCCAAGUAUGAGGUCGUGGUGGAGGCACGGGAUGGCCAGGGCCUCCGGGGCGAGUCGGGAACGGCCACCGUGCUGAUCAACCUACAGGAUGUCAAUGACAACUUCCCUAUCUUCAGCCAGGCCAAGUACACCUUUACUGUGCCUGAAGAUGUCCGUGUGGGCAGUCCCGUGGGCUCUCUGUCUGUCGAUGACCCGGAUGAGCCCCAGAACCGGAUGACCAAGUACAGCAUCGUGCAGGGCGAAUACAGGGACACCUUCACCAUCGAGGCCGACCCCACUCGCAAUGAAGGCAUCAUCAAGCUCAUGAAGCCCCUGGACUAUGAACUCAUCCGACAAUAUCGUUUCACCAUCGAGGCCACAGACCCCACCAUCAACCUCCGGUACCUGAGUGGCAUCUCAAGCAAAAACAAAGCCCAAGUCAUCAUCAACAUCACGGACGUGGAUGAGCCUCCUGUCUUCCAGCAGCCCUUCUACCACUUCAUGCUGCAGGAGAACCAGAAGAAACCUCUGGUUGGUUCUGUAUUGGCCAUGGACCCUGACAGGCCCCAGCGCAACAUUGGAUACUCCAUCCGCAGGACCAGUGACAAGGGCCAGUUCUUCCGAAUCACCAAGCAGGGGAACAUCUACAACGAGAAAGAAUUAGACCGAGAAACUCAUCCCUGGUAUAACCUGACUGUGGAGGCCAAAGAACUGGAUUCUCGCGGGAACCCCACAGGCAAAGAGUCCAUCGUGCGGGUGCAUGUUGAGGUUCUGGACGAGAAUGAUAAUGCCCCUGAGUUUGCCCAGCCCUAUGAGCCCAAAGUAUGUGAGAACACAGCCCCAGGCAAGCUGGUGGUGCAGAUCUCCGCAAUCGACAAGGAUAUAACACCACAAAAUGUCAAAUUCAAAUUCGCCCUGAGCACCCAAGACAGCAACUUCACCCUCACGGAUAACUAUGAUAACACAGCCAAUGUCACUGUCAAGUAUGGGCAGUUUGACCGUGAGCAAGCCAAGGUUCACUUCCUGCCGGUGGUCAUCUCGGACAACGGGAGGCCAAGCCUCACGGGCACCAGCACUCUGGCGGUGACUGUGUGCAAGUGCAAUGAGUACGGCGAGUUCACAUUCUGUGAGGAGGCGGCUGGCCAGACGGGCGUCAGCAUCCAGGCGCUGGUAGCCAUCUUCCUGUGCAUCCUCACCAUCACAGUGAUCACCCUGCUCAUCAUCCUGAGGCGGCGGCUGCGGAAGCAGGCGCGCGCCCACGGCAAGAACGUGCCUGAGAUCCACGAGCAGCUGGUCACCUACGAUGAGGAGGGCGGCGGAGAGAUGGACACCACCAGCUAUGACGUGUCGGUGCUCAACUCGGUGCGCCAUGGUGGCGCCAAGCCCCCGCGCACAGCGCUGGAUGCGCGACCCUCCCAGUACGCACAGGUGCAGAAGCCACCGCGCCAUCUGCUGGGGGCACACAGCGGCGGGCCCGGCGAGAUGGCCGCCAUGAUCGAAGUGAAGAAGGACGAAGCGGACCAGGAUGGUGGCGGACCACCCUACGACACGCUGCACAUCUACGGCUACGAGGGCUCCGAGUCCAUCGCCGAGUCCCUCAGCUCCCUGGGCACCGGCUCGUCGGACUCCGACGUCGACUACGACUUCCUCAAUGACUGGGGCCCCAGGUUCAAAAUGCUGGCUGAGCUAUACUCAGAUCCCCCGGAGGAACAGUGGUAUUAGGAGGCAGGGAAGGGGCACCACCCAGGCCGAUCGGACUCUUAAGCCUCGCGGGUCCUUCAAGAGUAACCCUGACUCCCCAGCCUGGCACCCUCCCAAAA